UUUUGAGGCGGGGAGCGCGCUCGCUCGCAACCUCACUUCCCUCGCUCGCUCGUCCGCUCCUCGCCCGGCCCGGCCCGGCCCGGCCCGGCGCCGCUGCCCUCGCGCCCGCGGCCGCCCCGCGCGCUGGGCAUGUGAGCGCGGGUGGGCGCUGCCACCAUGGCCUCGCCGCGCGCCUCGCGGUGGCCGCCGCCGCUCUUGCUGCUGCUGCUGUUGCUGCCACUGCUGCUGCUGCCCGCCGCCCCCGGGACGCGGGGCCAGCCGCCCGCCCCGGCCCGCCGUGCGCCCCUCUCCAGCGCGGGGCCCGAGCGCGGCCCGCAGCGCGAGCCGCCGCCCUGGGAGCGACGCGGGCCCGCGACCCCCAGUCCCAGCCACACGGUUUCCCGGCCGGGCGCCGCGACACGGCGGGGACGCUCCAGCCGGGCCCCCCGAGGCGGGAGCGCGGCUGCUGUAAGGAACUAUAGGUCAGAAAGUAACAACACUGAACCCCACACAGAAAAUACCACCUUUUAUCAGAACCAAGAGGACCUUUCAACAGUGAGCUCCAGAGAGGAUACGAUGGUGCAGACCUUCAGAAUGAGUCACAUUUCUUCGGAAGCUCCAGAAAACCUCACUGUCUUAACAGAAACAGCAAGUGCUGAGGGAAGGAAUGAGUCUUCAAGGUCAACAAACUUCACCAUUUUGCCUUUUGGGCACUCGUCUGAAAUCACCACAACUCUAACUUCCCACGGCAGCACCUUACCAUUGAAAAGGCUUAACCUACCACCAGCAGUUCAGGGUCAGAAGGAAGAAUUGCUCCUUCUCAAAUGGAGAGUGGAACAUCCCCAGGCUCCUUGGAGAAGGGGAAGGAACUCCCAGAAGAGGAGAAUGUGCACACCCAAGUGACUGGUACUUCAGUUUCCAUCCAAUCCUCCCUUCCUGCUUUGGAGCACAAAGAAGCGACUACAUUCUCCAGGAGGAGAAAUUUGGCAUCAGAGCUCUCCUUGCUGCAUUUCUCCAGGACACCGGCUUACUUUCCUCCGUCAGAACAUUCCUCAUCUUCUGGAAGUAUAAAUGGGCUUAAGAACUCCACUGCUCUCCAAAGCCCAUCAAUCAGCCAGACAAAGAGUAUGCAAGUUGCCACCACAUUUACUGAUGGUGUCUCAAGGAUGAUCCGGUCCUUGACUGUCAGUGAACCACCUAUAAAUGAGACAGAGGGUUUCCCUGAGGACUCCAAAAUUGCUACAACUUCAGCCUCAGUCCAUUCGUCACCCUCUGUGGGAGAAUCGAGAACAAACAGUAGAGUAACCGAGAAUCCAGGACAUGGAGAAUUCAUUGAGCCAUCCACAGAAAAUGAAUUUGGAUUUACAUCUUUACAUUGGCAAAAUGAUUCCCCAACCUUCAGAGAACAUCAGCUUGCCAACAACUCAGAAGCAGGAAAUGGAAGAUCCAGGACGCAGACUGAGACUUUGUUUAGAUCAGUCCCCGUCAUCAGAGGUGGAGAGAGCACAGCACACUGGUUCUUCCCUAAGAGCAAGACAUCUGCAGAUGUGACAGAAAACUCUGCUUCAAAUCCUGAACUUUUGAACACUUUAGUCUUGACCCAGUCCUCAGACUCUGCUCAACAGUCCAGAGGAAAUAACCCAAUGUUGGGUGAGAGAAGCUAUUCAGAGUCUUCCUCUAUGUCUUUCUCAGAAAGCCUGGAUUCCUCAGCACCACGAGGAGAACGUUCAAGUAAGUUUUCACUUCACACAAAUGUACCACAGGUUGGGGAG